AUGUCGAUUGUUAACAACACUUUGGAUAUUGGAGGAAGCAAUGCUGCGGCUGAACAGAAAAAUGGCCAGAGCGCCAGUCAAUUCGCCGCCUCUCUCAUUACCGCCAUUGCCAUCUUCGCCGUCCAAGUCAUCCUUUUCCUCCUGAUCAAAGAUCGUUUCGCACGCAUCUACCAACCCAGAACGUAUCUGGUCCCUGAAAGAGAACGUACCAAACCCACUCCGCCAGGAUGGUGGGCUUGGAUUGCCCCCGUACUCACCACGUCCAAUUCCGACUUCGUCCAGAAAUGCGGUCUUGACGCCUAUUUCUUCCUACGAUACCUCCGCACGCUUCUCAAGAUCUUUGUGCCUGCGGCCUUGGUCAUCCUUCCCAUACUGAUCCCACUGAACCUUGUCGAUGGUCGUGGGGCACGCUUUGCCCUGGGUCAACAAGAAAACGCGUCCAAUGUGACGGGAUUAGAUCAGUUGGCAUGGGGUAAUGUUGCACCAGACCAUACAGGCCGCUACUGGGCCCACUGGCUCCUCGCCUUGGCCCUGGUAAUUUGGAUCUGCUAUGUCUCGUUCGAUGAGUUGCGUGGAUACAUUCGCAUGCGUCAGGCAUACAUAACGUCCCCUCAACAUCGUCUUCGUGCAUCUGCAACCACCGUACUUGUGAGUUCGAUACCUCAGAAGUGGUGCAAUGUCGAGUCUCUUGAUGGCCUCUUCGAUGUCUUUCCUGGUGGUUUGAGGAAUAUCUGGAUCAACAGGAAUUUCGACGAGUUGAACGACAAGAUCAAGAAACGUGAUAAGCUUGCUUCAACCCUGGAGGCCGCCGAGAGUGAGCUCAUCAAGAAAUGCUUCAAACAAAACGAAAAGAACAUUGCCAAAGCCGAAAAAGCAGCUGGCAAGAAGUUGUCAAAGUCCGAUAAAAAGACGAGAGCUGCCAUUCGCGAUGAAGCUGGCGAGAAAGCUGCUCAUGGACAUGGUAUCACCACUGGCAAUCCUCAUCAAGUUGAUCACAACCUUCGCGAUAUCCUUGAUGGACACGACGAUCGAUCCGGCUCUUCUGCCUCCUCCUCCGACGUUGAGUCCGAUAUCGAAGACGACCAGCCUCGCAGACGUGCUAUUCCUAUUCCUGUCAUCGGUGAGGGCAUCACAGCUGUUACACAGGGUUUGGACAAGUUUGGUACCAAGCUGCUGGGAGGCAUUCGAGGAGUCAACAAAGGAGUCAACGAUACCAUCGAUACCACCAAUGGUUUCAUGGCCCAGGACAUGGAGGAGAGAGAGCAAGGAAGAUCGUCCGGUGAUCAGAAGCACUCUCAUGACUCUAGAAGACGUCUUCAUCAUACGUCCAAGCAAAGAGCUCCAGGACAACCCAAAACCACUCAUGCAAAGGAUGCUUCCGCAGGAGGAGCUCCAGCCACUCCAGCUGAUCGUGGCAGAUCUUUCGAGAAGAGUCCUCGGGAUUUUGGUCAACUCAGCCCAAUCUCUCAAUCUAGUACGAUGAGAGAUGAUAAAACCCGACCUGAAAAGCCACUGACCAAGUUCGAAAAGUUCAAGAAGGCAAUUGGACUUGGCUCCGAGGAGAAGGAGCAUGUCGACUAUCCCGAGGCGUUCGCAGAUGGUUUCCAUCACGACCCAGACGAUGCCGUAUGGCGCCGUUACCUGAAAGACAAGGAUCGUGAGACCAUGAGAAUGCCUAUAUUUGGUUGGCAAUGGAUGUUCGCCCUUCCACUGGUCGGCCAGAAGGUUGACAAGAUCGAAUAUUGUCGGAAAGAGGUUGCCAGGCUCAACACCGAGAUUGAAGAUGACCAAGCCCACCCCGAACGAUUUCCGCUCAUGAAUUCGGCUUUCAUCCAGUUCAACCACCAAGUUGCAGCACAUAUGGCCUGUCAAAGUGUCAGUCAUCAUCUUCCCAAACAGAUGGCUCCACGUCUGGUCGAGAUCGAUCCCAACGACGUCAUCUGGGAUAACAUGUCAAUCCCCUGGUGGUCGGCCUACAUUCGAACUGGAGGCGUUCUCGUUAUUGUCUCGGGGAUGAUCCUCCUCUGGGCUAUCCCUGUUGCCUUCACAUCUGCCCUUUCACAAAUUGAAACCGCCGCCAAAAGCUUCUCAUUCCUACACUGGAUAAUGAGUAUUCCAGCUUGGUUCCGAAGUGUAUUGCAGGGUGUUCUACCUCCAGCAUUGCUCGGUUUGCUCUUGUUCCUGCUACCCCUUAUCCUGAGGUUCCUGGUGCGACUUCAAGGGACUCAAUCUGGUAUGCUUGUGGAACUAUCUGUUCAAAGAUACUAUUUCUGGUUCCUCUUUGUGCAGCUUUUCUUGGUUGUCUCAAUCGCCGGUGCUUUGACACAGUUCUUUGCUCUGUUCCAGAGUGUGGAAGGGUUUACAAAUGUCCCCUCUCUGCUUGGUUCCAACAUUCCCAAAGCCUCCAAUUAUUUCUUCUCGUACAUGCUGCUUCAGGCAUUGUCUGUUAGUGCGGGAGCCCUUUUACAAGUCGGGUCACUAAUUGGCUGGUUCAUUCUUGCUCCCAUCCUCGACAGCACGGCAAGAGCCAAAUUCAAGCGACAAACCAGCUUGUCAAAUAUCCAGUGGGGUACUUUCUUCCCGGUCUACACAAACUUGGCUUGUAUCGGUUUAAUCUACUCAGUGAUAUCACCGCUGAUCUUACUGUUCAACAUUAUUACCUUCUCCUUAUUCUGGUUCGUCUACAGAUACAAUACCCUCUAUGUUACGAGAUUCACUCGAGACACUGGUGGUCUUCUGUACCCAAAUGCGAUCAACUUCACCUUUGUGGGAAUAUACGUGAUGGAGAUUGCCCUGAUUGGCAUGUUCUUCCUGGUUAGAGAUGAACACGGUGAUGUGUCGUGUGCUGGACAAGGCAUUGGUACGAUCGUCAUGUUGAUCCUGACGGCUGGCUAUCAAUUGCUUUUGAAUAAUGCCUUUAGUCCGCUUUUCAGAUAUCUACCUAUCACACUCGAGGACGAUGCCGUGAGACGAGACGAAGAGUUCGCACGUGCUAUGAUGCAUAAACAUGGUGUCAUUGAUGACGAAGAAGAUGGUGUCGAUAUAGAAGAUCAGUUGGAACAAAGGGAACACGAUGAAAGGGAUGAGAAUCGAGAUCAACAAGAGUACGAACUCGAGCAGAUUGACGCAGAGAAAACCGAGCGAUUGGAACGACAACGAUCCAAGAGACUCCCAUCACUUGCACCGUACGAAUUCCAAAACCCAGAAAUCGCAAUGAAUCUGGACGCAGAGAGCAAAGGUGUUCGAUGGGCCAAAGCCGCCGCCCACAAGACGACUGGAACCACGAAAAAUUUGAUUCCGCGAAAUCUUGUCCGCAAAGAUAAUCGUGAGAGCCGAAAGUCGUGGGCAGAUCGUGACAAUACUCGCAACCGCAGAGCGUCCAACUUCGGUGAAUGGAACAGCCCCUCUCAAAGCCGUAGCCGAGUUAGAAGCGAGGCUGGUGUUCUGGAAGGAGGUCAACCAUCCGCUCGACGAUCCCAUCAUCCCAAGAGACACGAGUCACCUCCUCGCAACAUCGCUGGAAAUGUUCUUGAUACGAUCAAUAACUUCAACCCUCUCACCAGCAACGAGAAAGAUGUUGAGGCACAACGCGCCGCCCGCAAUCAACUUGCAGAUGCACUCUUCGCUGGCGUUAACGACGAACUGGAAGAUCUGACGCCCGAGGAGCGUGACAAGUUGGUGCAGCGAGCGUUCCAGCACAGUGCCUUACGCGCUCGAAGGCCUGUGAUCUGGCUGCCACGUGAUGAACUCGGCGUUAGCGACGAUGAAGUUCACCGUAUGGGUCAAUUCAGCUCGAACCUGUGGGUCAGUAAUGUGCGACAAGGCCUCGACUCAAAAGGGCGAUGUGUUUACUCUGGUGCACCGCCAGAUUUCAGCGAGGUCGAUCUGAUCCAGCUCUAG